CAUCUCCCGCCCAUCCUUUGACAGAACCUCGUCUUGACCAGUCUCAAACGCUCGAGUUCCACCAUUCGCGUAGUUUCAACAACCAUGAAGCUCUCAGUUCUUCCUCUGCUGUGUGUCGCCUCUCUGGCGGCUCAAGGUACCGAUCGAUAUAUUCCAACGAAGUUUCCACCCAAAAGCUUGGUUGAACGCACGGAGCAUGGUCCUCUCCGUCCGUGGCGCAAUCCCGCUCCUUCGAGGCGCGACAACCCAGAAGAGCACGCAAGGCUCUGCAAGGGACCCGACCCCAAAGAGGAACGGAGUUUCAGAAAAUCGGAGCAAUGUGUCGGCACGAGAGAAUGGUGCCGCAAGGAAUACUACCUGGAGAGUUCGCUUCCGAACGAGGUCUGGGAGUGGUUCCUACGACCUCAUCUCUGCAUGCAGAGUCGUGAGCCUGAGCCUAAGGCCUGAAGCCCAAGAUUACGCCCCUCUCUGGGAACCUAUAGUCAGGACAACGUUGGACGAUUACUGGAAUCAUUACUGAGCGCGUGCUACGCUCAUUGUCUGACUGGACCCAGCCUUGCUGCGCGUACAAUGGGCGGAACUGGACACGGAACAGCUGGAGAGACCAAAAUAUUGGCGUCUUUUGUUGGACAUGGAAGUUUUCAAGCUUGGAACAGUGGAUAGGCCUUGUGCCGUGCGAUGAAGGCACCUGCGAAGCUCGAACUGUCA